CUCGUCCUACAUCAUUCCCUCGUCGACCACGAGGCCGAGCGGACGUGUCCGGACGCUCUCCGCCGCCCCUCGCCCCCUCACCCUCACUCGGGAUGAUGGGGUCUCGCGCUCGACUCUUGUCUUCCAAUCAUCUUUUCUGACGCCUUGGAAGACACUGGGGCUUAACCUGAGUGUUUCUGCGUCUUGAUUCACGUCGUGCGGUGACGCGGGUUUAGCGCCAUGUGUCCAAGCCACCUUAAAUACGCCUCUAUUUGAGUUUCCAUCGGAUCAACUGUGAUUUUCUUCUCGAUUAAUUGUGAACAGCUUGAUAUAUUGUUUAAAACGAAACUGAACUUUACUGUUAAUGAUAAUUGAAACAAAAAUCUUUCCAAUCAGUGCAAAGAAACUGGAAAAAUUACAGAGAUGAAAUAAUUACAUGGAAUGUGUCAGCUCCAGUAUUUAAUCAGCUGCUAAGAUCGAAGAGUUAGACUAAUAGAAAGAUGUGUUGGUGUAACAAGUGAGAGAGAGAGUGUACGACACCCAGCUACUAGGCUGUGUAUGGGGUGUGUUGACGAGGCUUCACUCUACCAGUGCACAAGAGAGAAGCGAGAGGAGGCCGCUGGGAUAAUACCACUGACUCACUGUGGGACAGCUGCUGGAUAAGGGUGACGGAGAGGGCCUGAGGGAUGCUGGUGCUGCUACGACUCCAGCACGACGUCUUCAAGUAGGACUCCAUCCUGCUUGGUAGUGGUGGAUGUGGCUUCUCUAGCAGCGCCCAGGACCAAUGAGCGUGAAGAAUGUUGGUGAGUGGGCGUGGCAUCGUGUGGGCGGUCGGGGUGAUCGUCCUGGUGGGCGGAGUGACCCAGCGGGUGGAGGCGAGGGCGGCCCUCUCACAGGAAAUGGAUAGCGUCGAGAGGAAGCAGAUGCUGAGGAAUGUGUCGCAGAAGGAGCAGAUGCUGAACAUUGUGUCGCAGAUCACCACCGGCAGCCUGGGCACCACCUGCGUCUCUGACCCCUUCCACAGGUUCGUGUUGGCGUCGCUGGAGGUGAAACGCUACGACUCUGCUCGCCAGAAGGCCGACCUCCUGGUACGGGUGCUAAGGAACCUGGAAGUUCGCAGUGAAGAGCUGCUGAAGGCAAUGGUGCUUAACUUGCUGGCGUCUGACGAGGUAAUCACCGCCGCCCGGGUGGUGCUGAGGAACGACACCCAACCCUUCGUCGUCUCCACCCACCGCCCACCCUCACAUUACCCGCCCACUGAACCCAACCCUCCCGUCAAUGCCUCCGGAACCAAGCUGUCGGCCGUGACGAACCAGCCUUGGUACGACGACUCGGGGAACACCAGCAAGUUCCAGAACCACAGCAUCGUCGGGAAGCUGGGCUGGUGGACCUAUCCUUACUUCCAUUGCAGGAGUAAGCGGUGGCUACUGAGCUACACCGUACCCAUCACGUCUUCCAGCAUGGCCUCCAGCGACAGGCCAGCAGGCAUCAGUGACGUGGGUUUGGUGAGUCUGGACGUCGAUGUGACCUCGCUUGACAUCAACCAGUGCGACCCUGAGACCAGCAGCAGCCAGCAGCAGACGUCGCAGCGUGACACCCAGUUCGUCUUCUUCCUCGGCACUCAUAAGUGUCACAGGAACUCGUCAGAGUGCGUGUUCACACCUGGGCACGGCUGGGUACGUGGAGGGUACAGGUGCCAGUGUCGUCCAGGCUUCUACCCCAGGAACAAGACCUUCAACGGCACGCAUGUUGAAGUGGCGUGGGAGGGCAAGGUCGAGCGGAACAACCCCACCUACGAGAUGCUGUACGUGUGUCGACCGUGCAAGAAGGAGUGCCCUGAGUGCCACUCAAACAAGCCCUGCAUGGCACACUACAACUGGCCCUUCAGGAUCGCGCUGCUGGUCAUCUCGAGUCUGUGUAUAGUGCUGAGCUUCGUGAUGAUGGGUCUGGUCUACCACUACCGCAGUGUCAAGGUCUUCCGCCUCGCCUCGCCCACCUUCCUCUGCAUCUGUCUCAUCGGCUGCACCAUCAUGUACCUCGAGAUGGCGGCCAUCUUCCCCGUGCUGGACACUUACUCCUGUAUCGCCACCAAGUGGACCCGACACCUAGGCUUCUGUAUCACGUUCUCCUCCUUACUCAUGAAGACCUGGAGAGUGUCGCUGACGUACCGGGUGACGUCAGCACACAAGAUCAAGCUGACUGACAAGCAGCUGCUGCAGUGGCUGACGCCCAUCUUGAUGAUCGUGUUGGUGUACCUAGGCGCCUGGACCCUGAGUGCCACCCCCAGCGCCGUCGAUCUCAAGGACUACAGCCAUCUCAAGUUCAAGCAGUGCCGCUACGACUGGUGGGACCACUCCCUCGCCAUGGGCGAGGUGCUCUUCCUGAUGUGGGGGGUGAAGGUGUGCUUCAGUGUCCGCAAGGCGGAGAGCUUCUUCGACGAGGCCAAGUACAUCUCGUGGGCCGUCUACAACAUUGCCAUCGUUAACAUCGUCAUGGUCACCUUCCACCUGAUCAUCUUCCCCGACGCUGGGCCGGACAUCAAGUACCUGUUUGGGUUCCUGAGGACACAGUUCAGCACCUCCACCACCGUCCUCCUCAUCUUUGGGCCCAAGUUCUACCGGAUCGUGCAGGGGACGGGCGACCAGUACGACAACAGAGCCCGGGCCAAGGGUGUUACUGCCAGCUUCUCGCUCAACGGCCUGGGUGUUAUGAACGAGGAACCCGCAGACCUCUCCCAGGAGAACGAAGAACUCAAGGAGGAGAUCCAAAAGCUGGCGGCUCAGAUGGAGUUUAUGAAGAUCGUCCACAUGGAGAUGAACAACCGCCACCUCAAGCCCAAGCCCGGCGGCUACUUCAGCGACAAGAACUCUGUGAUCAACACGGCUCAGUCUCCAGGGGCCAAGACCAACCCUCCACCCCUACAGGCAUCCAGGGCGUCGGAGGGCAGCAACGAGAACUCCUCCGCCAGACUGUCUCCCGCAGCAGAGCUGGCCUCAGAGAGGGUCUGACUAGUUGCUCAGAGUGAAGAAGUAUGGUUGUGAGCCGUGUCUAUACCUAAGCUAAUAUACCUCCUCUAUCAAAAUUAAAAAGAUAAAUCAUUACUAAAAACGGGGGGAAGGGGGAGGGGAAUGUAGGCGUGUAGUAGGACGGAUAAUUUUGUAAAAAGACAUAAUAUUCACUGUUUUAGCAAAGUUAAUAUAAUGCAUAUAUUGAUACCAAGUUAGAUAAAAAAAAUCCAAGCAAAUAUUGUUUGAAAGUCACAUUUAAUUUCAUAACCAAUGAAGCAGUGUGUGUUGUGUGGGGUGGCAGUGUGUGUGUGUGUUGUUUACAACCAUACUUGGUAUGGUUCCGGGACCAGCACACAAAGCACACCUGUCAUUAGUAAAGUUAAUUGAAUUACACACCUGAUAAAACGCUUCACUGCCUUUUCGUAGUUCAGUACGAACUCUGUAAAGAAUGCAGGUUAAAACCAAACAAUGCAGUAAUUAGUUGUGUUUUUGUAAAUGUCUACCAGUUUUAAUACAGUGCUGCAUUUUAUCAUGUUAGUCGUUAAACACUUAAAUCCUGAAACUGAGUUAUAUACUUUAAUAUAUUAAAUAAUUGCAGUGUCUGUUAAUAGCAUAUAAGAGCAUUGAAACAUCAGAGCUAAACACUGUACGUAUUGAAUUAUCGUAGUAACUCUAGCAAAGAUGUGUUCCCCCGCGGGUGUAGGAAUAAUAUUAGUUUACUGUAACAAAACAGUUUAUCGUUCAGAUCAGUAUUAAAGAUAAUAAGCAGUCCGAAUUCAGUGAUAAGAGUUCUUCAAUGGUGCAGGGAAUGUUAUGAAAGGAGUCAGUCUAUAAAAGUCAAGUUAAGGUAGUCCCUAAUUAGAAAGAGUCCCUUAAUUAAUUUCAACUUUUACUCACCCCAUUUAAAGUCCCAUUUUGGUAGAGGCCAAGGCGCUGCACUCUCAAGUCUUACACAUAACACGAAGGUAACUGUGCAUGCUUAAUUUCGGUCCAUCACCGAACCACAAACUUGUAAUUAUUCGAGGCUAAAGUCUGUAGACUAACAAGAGAACCACUGAGAGUGCAGACGAGGAGUCAUAAUAACGUGGCUGAAAUAUGUUGACCAAACCACACACUAGAAAGUGAAGGGACGACGACGUAUCGGUCCGUCCUGGACCAUUCUCAAGUCGAUUGUGACAAUGACUUGAGAAUGGUCCAGGACGGACGGAAACGUCGUCGUCCCUUCACUUUCUAUUAUGUGGUUUGGUCAAGAACCAUUGAGUGUGUUAUGUUGUGGGUCACAUGGAGAGUGGAGUGCCUCAGCCGGGCCAGAUUACCUCACACCCUCACACAAACUAUCCCGUUUUGGUAGACACACUUUUGAUGGUCCGUCGACUUGAGUUUUGACGGACCGGUUUGCAACUAUGCUUCUUCACCUACAUGAGCAGAACCCUGAUUGAUUACUCUGAAUUACAGGUUAAACUUUUUGCAGACGAUGAGUCACAAUAAUGUGGCUGAAGAUGUAUAAUGACCAAACCACAGGAGGAUUUUCUCCUCAUCUUGUGGUGUCUGGUUUGGUCAUUAGGUUAAACUUUUUUGUGUAAAACCUUGAUGCGAUAUCCUGUCGAGGAAGUCCACCGAUAUUAAGGUUUUGGUAUCAGUAAACUACAGAAAUUGAUGUUGCAUUGUGACAUUACUUAUUCUGCUGCCAAAUGAGGUCAAGGAGAUGUUACUAACCUGAGCAUUAAGUAGAAAAUCCUAAUGAAGUGUCAUUAAGUCACAGAUGAUAAUCUGUAACCUAAUGACGAUUCCCCAAAUCCCAUUCAUUUCUGCAAAGUCAACUUUAUUCCCAAUAAGGGAAACAGAUUCCAGUUAUAUUGCUCAUUGCAUAAUAAGUUAUGCAGUAAAAGACAAAAUAUUAAAAUAGGCGAUGGAGGACAAGCGAGCAAACAUUCCAGUCAGACAUUCCUUACAUGCCAGCAGUAGACGGACACAAGAGCCGCCCCUGGGGGGACGGAAGAGCUCCCCCUGGAGGGACGCAAGAGCCUUCCCCUGGAGGGACGGAAGAGCUCCCCCUGGAGGGACGGAAGAGCCCCCCAUGGAGGGACGCAAGAGGCUUCCCCAUGGAGGGGCGCAAGAGCUCCCCCUGGAGGGACGGAAGAGCUCCCCCUGGAGGGACGGAAGAGCCCCCCAUGGAGGGACGCAAGAGCCUUCCCCCUGGAGGGACGGAAGAGCUCCCCCUGGAGGGACGGAAGAGCCCCCCAUGGAGGGACACAAGAGGCUUCCCCAUGGAGGGGCGCAAGAGCCUUCCCCCCAUGGAGGGACGCAAGAACCCCCCCUGGAGGGACGCAAGAACCCCCCUGGAGGGACGCAAGAACCCCCCCUGGAGGGACGCAAGAACCCCCCUUGGAGGGACGCAAGAACCCCCCCUGCAGGGACGCAAGAGCCCCUCCUGGAGGGACGCAGAGCUCCCUCAGUCUCCACAGUGCAUCCAACGUGAUGUAUAAUGUGCCGUACGUACUCACACUAAUGAGUGAAGGAACUGUUUUAAUCACUCGGCAAAUACUGACUUGCGAGGUUAUAGACUUAAGGAGGAAUUGCUAUAUAGGUCUCUCGAGAAACGGCCUACUUUAACAAAGUGAGGGAUCAAUGAGACUGUGUUGGAAGGUCUCUGAACUAGACAAGGGUUUGUCGGGACCAAAGACAGAAAAAAGUAAUAUUUUUUAACUGGACACAUUUGUAGCUGACGCCGCAUUUAAAGUUCAUGAACUUUUGAUUUUAUAUAAUUAUUUUUUGUUUGUACUUGGCCAUGCAAAUUGGCAUGGAACUUUUGUUAUUCCCAUUAGUAUUUUGUUGUAUUUUGGAUUCUUAGUAGGAGAGAUUUAAGGAUGGCUGGUUUACCAUCCUAAGACAUGAAAGCCGUGAAACUGAUGACUUGCUAUAUAUAAUACUUGAACUGACUGACCAUGGGAAAUGAACAAUUUUCUACAGAUAACCUGAGCCCCAAAAUGUUUCCUGUGUAACAAUUGAGUAGAUAAGUGUAUAUUUUCUUUGGUCGAAGUCAGUUCAUUUUCUCUGAAGAAGAUCCUGUCAUAGAAAACAGAUCUUUUUCAGGAGAAACUCGAGAGGAUUACCAUACUACUGUCGAAGUAAUAUGGUAACUUUGGGUCAUUGUCAAAAUGUCUAUACCAUCAGUGUUCAAUGUCAAAUUUGUCGUUUGUUUUAUCCUAACAAAAAUGAGAGCAUAAAUAUUAAGAAGUAUAGUCAUAUCUGAGCCUGUUGUUACGCUGCAUGGGUAGUGAGUCUUGUACAAUGUAUAUCGCCUGGUUCAACCUUCUAACUUUAAGGACGUAACAAUUCCUGUUGAAUGGAUUCCAUAUGUUUAGAUUUAAAGUAACAAAUAAAAGAUCACCAUGUU